AUGAUGGAGAAGAUAUUCAUCCAUAGGGUACUCACUUUGUUUCCAAAUGCCACAACGCGUAAAUUAUUGCUGAUGUUCAUAUUUAUCUUAGUUUUCUGGGUUGUUUACUUGGCUUCAAAAGACCACACAAAGUUCUUGUUCAGCUUGAGGAGCCCUGUUGCUCUGAAUCAAUGGAACAUCUUCAGAAAGUCUGUACACCCUGAAGCAUCACUGGAUCCAGCAAUUUCACCAGCUGAGACUGAGCUGAGAAUAAAGGGAAUUAUGGAGAAACUAGACCAGCUGAUCCCACCCAGACCCUUCACCCAUGUGAACAUCACCACCAGUGCCUCACACAGCAGAGUCACCAUCCUCAGCCCUCAAGACACAUACUGCAGGGGGGAUCAGCUAGACAUCCUGCUGAAAGUGAGGGACCACUUGGGACACAGGAAGGAAUAUGGAGGAGAUUUCCUGAGGGCCAGAAUGUCCUCCUCAGCCCUGAAGGCAGGCGCUUCAGGAAAGGUGACAGAUUUCAACAACGGCACCUACCUUGUCAGCUUCACUCUGUUCUGGGAGGGCCAGGUCUCUCUGUCUCUCCUGCUCAUCCAUCCCAGUGAAGGGGUGUCAGCUCUCUGGAGAGCAAGGAACCAAGGCUAUGACAGGGUGAUCUUCACGGGCCAGUUUGCCAAUGGCACCUCCCGAGUCCCAUCUGAGUGUGGCCUGAUCCUCAACUCAAGUGCUGAACUGUGCAAGUACCUAGACGAUCGAGACCAAGAAGCUUUCUACUGCGUGAGGCCUCCACGUGUUCCCUGUGAUGCCCUAACCCACAUAACCACCAGGAAUAGAAACAUUUCCUAUCUUAGAAAGGAAGAAUGGAGCCUUUUCCACAGGUCCAACAUGGGGGUUGAAAUGAUGAAGAACUUUACAUCUAUCGAGGUCUUACCAUGUAACCGUAAGAAGAGCAUAGAAAAUAAAUGUCAGAUUGGAAUGAAGACUCCUUUCCCCAGUGGUUAUACUGUGAAAAGAAAGUGGAUUACAGCAUUUUGCAACCAGAUUGAGUUAAAUGAAACAAAAAUCAUAAAUGACUGCUUGAAGAGAAAACUUAUUUACCUCAUGGGAGACUCAACACUGCGUCAGUGGAUUUACUAACAAAAAGUGAUGAAAACCUUAAAGUAUUUUGAUCAUCAUGGAACCGGGAUCUUUAAAACACAUGUGCUUCUGGAUACCGAAAGACACAUUUUGAUUCAGUGGAAAAAGCAUGGUCAUCCAUUUAUCACCAAAAAUCUGUUCUCGGUGAAGGAUGAAAACUAUAUCCCACGGGAAAUUGACCGUGUAGCAGGAGACAGUGAUACAGCCAUUGUCAUUACCCUCGGCCAGCACUUCAGACCCUUUCCCAUCCACAUUUUCAUCCGUAGGGCCAUCAAUGUUCAAAAGGCUAUUGAACGUCUGUUCUUGCGAAGCCCAGAGACCAAGGUGAUCCUUAAAACUGAAAACACCAGGGGGAUAUAUCUAAAUGCAGAGAUGUUUAGUGACUUUCACGGCUAUAUUCAGAAUCUUAUCAUGAGGGAUAUUUUUGUGGAUCUCGAUGUGGGUAUUAUUGAUACCUGGGACAUGACUAUUGCAUAUGGCACUAAUAAUGCCCAUCCACCUGAUUAUGUGAUUGGAAAUCAGAUCAACAUGUUCUUAAACUAUAUUUGCUAG